UAGGUGGAGCAAUGUCAGAGGAACCUCGCUUCGUGGAGCCGAUACAGAACGUGACUGUCGCCGCAGGACGGGACGUGAAACUGUCCUGCGUGGUGGACAACCUAGGCACGUUCAAGGUUGCGUGGAUUGCCUUUGACAAGUCAGCCAUCCUGACUGUGCAGGAGCACGUCAUCACGCGUAACCCGCGGGUCAAUGUCACCUAUGAUGGCCACCGCACCUGGACGCUCCACCUCUCCCGUGUCAACGCCACGGACGCCGGCACCUACAUGUGUCAAGUCAACACCAUCGUGGCCAAGAGUCAGUUUGGAAUCCUCAAUGUGGUGGUGCCGCCCAACAUCGUGGACGGCAAGACCUCCGGGGACGUGAUGGUGCAGGAGGGCGCCAACAUCACCCUGGAGUGCAGCGCCACCGGCACGCCCAUGCCCACCAUCACCUGGCGCCGCGAGGACCACAUGAAGAUCAACCUCAACAAGACGUAUCGAGUCAUGGAACACACAGGACCGAAGCUGCACCUGGCACGGGUAAGCAGGAUGGACAUGGCCGCCUACCUGUGCAUCGCCCGCAAUGGUGUCCCGCCCAUCGUCAGCAAGAGGAUGCAAGUCAGCGUCGACUUCCCGCCCAUGAUGAGCAUCCCGCAUCAGUUGGUCGGGGCGCCCCUGGGUUACAGUAUUACCCUGGAGUGCACCAUUGAGGCUCACCCCCCGGCCCUCACAUACUGGACUCGGGGCUCUGGCAUCAUGCUGCACCAAGGACGCAAGUACUACAUCAUGGAACGGAAAGGCGAUGUCCCGUACCGCACCCACAUGAAGCUCACCAUCAAGAGCCUCAAGCCAGACGAUGACUUCGGGGAGUACAAAUGCGUGGCCAAGAACUCCCGCGGCGAGACAGAGGGCGUCAUCAAGCUGUACGAAACGGAACCUCCGACACCAGCUCCCACCAACCCGCCCUCCUACCUGGACAAACUGUUCAAAGAUUAUCAACAAAAAACAACAAACAGUGUUGUCGGAAAAGGUGAAGGGAAAGCGACGUUUGUGGGACUGGAGGAACCCAGGGAAGGCAUCGAGACCGACAUGAGCAUAGGUGACGGAGACUUCGUGGAAAGAAACGAACUAGACCACCUGGAGGAGGGGCCACACUGGGACGACGACAGGCAGAGAGAGGUGGAGGCGCGGCGGGAGCGAGGUCGCCAUGAGCAGAGCGAAUAUCCCAUGACCAACUACUUCGGCAGCGCCACGCCAGCCGGCGGCGGGGUGGGAGGAUGUCUGAAGCUGCAGGUGUUGCUGCCGCUGCUGGUCCUCGUGCAGCCCUCCUGCCUCCUGCUGCUCUUGUGAUGAAGAGGAUCCGCCACGCCUAACUCAUUCUCCGAAUUGUGUGGAUAACCCUAGCUAAAGUUUCCUUAACGUGAACAUAGACAAUUCAUCGCUCUUUAGUGGUUAUCUUCUAACGCAGGGAUCUUGGGGGCUAGUAGACCCACCGUGUGCUGUAGUGUAGCGUCGACAGCCAACCCUGACUUGGUUGGUUCUCAUCUUAAUGGAGGACUGACGAACCCACAAGUUAUCCUUGUAUCGCGCUCUCACGUUUAGGAAUUAUCCUUACGACCAUGAUUGUAUGCUUGUGGAUAUGUAAUAUUCUAUUAAGGGCAUCGGUUACUCUUGCAUUAGAAUGAUUGCAUGUUUAUUUCAUCGAUUAUUUUUUACUUUGCAAACUGUUCUCUUGACAAAGUUCAUACAGUAUCAUCAUAUCAAAAACAAAAAAGAAACGUGGGCUUCUUGUCUCACAGUAAAUAAUAAUAAUGAUAAUAAUAAUAAUAACAAUAAUAAUAAUAAUAAUAAUAAUAAUAAUAAUAAUAAUAAUAAUAAUAAUCGGUGCUUCAAUACAGACGAGUGGAGCAGCCACCAUGACGCCGCCAAUCCAUGUCUUGCCUGACUUCACCCAGCGAACAGUCCCUCAACCGCCACCCUCUCCUCCCUCUCACACUGCCUCCUACACCUCCUACCGCCAUUCAUCGGCUCACCACAUUCCUACUUCCAUGCCAAAUUAGAUUUUAUUUUUGCCGGAACAGAUAUGAAUUCCAUUCUCAUGUUGCUGUGCCCAAUCAUUUUCCUCACACGCAUCCAGAAAGGUCACCGUCAACGCAGAGUUACACUAGCCAAAGAAAUCUACCAAAGCAUUUACGACAAUCGAGAAACUCGUGUCUCACCUCAGCCACACACCUCCAGCCCCGUCACCACCGUACUUAAGAGUUUGCAUCCCGUAUCCACUCCUUGUCUCGUGAAUCUCACCCAUAAAACCCCACCAUCACACAGGACCAGGCCGGUAGGAUGGUGGAGGAGGAUCAUUUAAAAUGGCACUCUUGAGUAUAAGUUAUUGAAUAGCGUAUAAAGAGUGCCCCGACGAUUCACUUAGAUGAGUUUAUGCAGAAAAGUGAAAAGGGGCAUCAAACAGAAUGCGUGCAAAUCAUUAAUAGUAAAAAUAAAUCUUAUCAGUAAGUAAAGGGCGGGGAAAAUUGUGUUAGAUGAUGGUACUUCUACGUCCUAAUGCUCGUUGUGAUUCCAUCAGAGCGUCAAGAGUCGAUACGGAGGAAGGGUGAGACCACCACCGCCCCAGCUACGGAGAGGAAGCGUCGCAGGCAACCCUUGUAAUUAUCUUGUAUCUACAAUCAUAUACGUAGGUAAUUCGUGUAGUUCAAAUUUUAUUAUUUACAUUUCAAAUGUACAUAAUUUAUUGAUAGCGUCUUGUGGUUGCCAUGACGCAGCGCCGCGGGACAGCGUCCUGGGCACCUCGCGGGUGAGCUGUGGGUAAUCAGCUAAUGAAUAAUCUUGGCCUUGAGCUGUGGUGCUGCAAGCAGUGUGUUGGACGGCUGCUGGCAGUGAACCCCUGACACGUGUACUGUAAAGUAUAAGAUCAGAAGGAAGCGAUGCCGCAUUAAUGGCCACGUGUACAGCGGCAGGUGAUUGACGCUAGCAUCCAUUCCACACUCUCACGUUUCUCCUCACAAUGACCGCUGAUAAGUUUCGCCCCUGUAAUGUUAUGUGACUGAUCGAAGCGUUAUCAUAUCUUCCCGAAAUAACUAGCACUUUAAAUGACGGACUGAUGAUAGAAGGUGUAGGCUAAAUUAUUUGUUAACGUUUGUAGCACGGAUAAGUAAAGAAACAUCUGCACGUGUUUGUGUUAGAUAACGUUAAUUAUUAUUAUUAUUAUUAUUAUUAUUAUUAUUAUUAUUAUUAUUAUUAUUAUUAUUAUUAUUAUUAUUGUUAUUAUUAUUAUUAUUUCAUCACUGUCCUUGAAGCAAGGCGUCAUCGGUUCUCCUUGAUGCUCACUCCUCAGCUGGCCAGCGCUUUCUUCUCACCUUGCGUCACUCCUCUACUAAGGGAUUUCAGUUCUACUGGAGUAUUGUAUUUAUGGUUUUAUUUUUAUAUAUUUUAUUGCGUUUAUCAAAACUUUUUUUUUUUCCUAGCAUGGACAGCUAUGAACUAUACCCAUGAGGUGUCAGGGCACUGUGUGGUGUAUGUACAAAGUCUCGCCCCGCCUGCAGCUGCCUUCCUGGUGCUCGGCCCCGCAGCUGUCCACUGGCGGAUCAACCCUCCCUUCCAGCCCGGCCCCCGACGUGAAGGUCACGUGCUCAACACUGACUCACCCAGACACCCGCUGGCAAAAGCUUCAUAACAGUAAUGUAUAUUAUGCAGCAGCCAGCAGGAAAAUAUAUACAUAUAUAUAUAUACAUAGCAGGGUGCAUGCGGCCAUGCACCCAAACUCAGCCAAAAUGGCGGCAUCACAGGUGAAGGUUCGGUAAUAUUACGUAUAAGACUGAAUAUUAAUCUUCGUUCAUUAAGCAUAAUCUGUAUUUCAUGAUUAUGUAAGGUAAAACCCAUAAGUAAUAAUAUAUCUUAUGGACAAAUUUUCAGAGGAUAUCUACAAGAUGUUCAGAAAUUUUGUAUUUUAUUUUCUUUAGGAACUAAUUAACCUUAAUGAUGUUACAAGAAAAAGCUUCCCAAAUAUGUAGUAUAUGUUAUGUGUUAUGAGUGAUUUUUAAUAAAAUUUGAAAAGUAGA